AUGAGUGUCUUGGAAAUUGAUUUGGUCACAGAAGCAGGUAGAAAAAAAUUUCAUGAAGAUAGCGGCGAUAUCUUUGUAUCCUGCGUGAGAGACCUCGUCAAAAUUCAACAACUGAGGAACUUGACUGCCUAUGACAAGGCCCAAGUUGAGACUAUACACCAAAUAUUGGUUAAACUCGCCACAACAAUGCCCCCCGAAGACUUCCGCAAGAAAGUGCCAGAAUUUGAUACCAUUAUGUUCAUGAGGCAUGCGAUGAUUGAAAUCCAAAGGUUGACUUCAGAACCCAGCUACAUCCAGACGGGCGAAUUGGACAAUCACGAAUGCGUGCUUAUUCCUCUGGCUGCGCUUUGCUUUCAGAUUGUCCCUGGUGCUGUUGCCUUUGAAAGCGAGUUCUUCCAAAUCUUGGCUGACUUUGUGAAAGCCCGUAGAUCCAAAAAAAAACGGCGUAGAUUGCCUUCACAAGAAAAUUGUAGACUCAUUUGCGAGAUUGUAUCCAACGCAUACAUCGCUUCGCAAGAAGGAUUUGAUAACAACUGGCCUGCAGAAAGGGUAUUUAAGAAGCUCGAGGAAAGUGGUAUCCUCCAACAGUUCCUCCGAUGUUUGACGGUUCCAGGGUCAAUGAAAAAUUAUCCCAAGAGAAUCACCUCAAUGCUCGACAACCUUCAUAAUUGUCCUUUGAUUCUGAAGAAAAAGUUUAAACGGGGCCAGCCUUGUGGUGAUACCUUAUCUGCCAUAAUAGAAGGUAGAGACGGAAGCGUGGACCAAGAAUCAGAUGUCAUCAAGUCGUUUCAGACCUUGAAGGAAGCUGCAACUGCAGCAGAUCCAACAAGGUACAAACCAAAGCAGGAGACUUGCAGCCACUGCGGCAAACAAGAACCUGCGGAAUCAAUAUCGCACAUGUCGUGUAGUCGAUGCAAGCUUGUCCAUUACUGCUCCAAAGCGUGCCAAAAAGCUCACUGGAAACAUCACAAGCAAUACUGCGUGCCAAUUUCCAAGCAAAGCAUGAAAAAAUUGGAUUUCCUUUCUAAAGCAGUAAACAACUUUCUGCAUCAAUACUAUGUAAACAUCAUGCUAACAAUGUUGGGGGAAUGCAAUGAUACAGGCUUGGAUAUGAAUGAGAUGAUUAUUGAGCUCAACUUCUCGGCAAACGAUGAUGGUAUGGUUCCUGCAAUGCAAAACCCGCCAAUUUUCAAGAUUACGCCAGCUCAGCGUUACAUCGAAGGAUUUCCGCGCGAGAUACCUGAUUGGAUCCGCAACGAUUUUGAUCUUGAUACUUCUGAAAAGAGAAUCCAACAGAACAUGGAUAUGAUACAGUCACUUGAUAUUCAGGCAAGCCCCACUACGAUUAUAGCACACUACGCUGACUGUGUCCAAAAUUUCAGUCCCCAGUCAGGCGACAAGAGAUUUUCCCAGGAUGCCCAAGAUGCCUUUUGGGAUGCCAUGCACCAACAUUUUGAACCUUUGUCAAAGAUACUUCGACCGGCCGAGUUGCAAAUCGCCCGACAGGCGAUCGGCCCGGAAUUUGUUGUAUACAAUCCUCCAAGUGAUGUGGCAGCCUUGAGCGAGGUCCGUGAAAUCCUGGACAGGAGUAGUGUUUGA